UAUUUUGUAUUUGAGAAAUGUGUUAACGUCGAUGUAUUAUUGUUCCGCCAUAUCAGAAUUCACUGCUACAGUAAAAUGAACGCGUCACAUUUUUGUGGAUGCAUUACAUAAACAUUACGGUAGGUGGCGCCAGAGCCAUGUUCUCUGUCAUUGAGUGUGAUCCAGGAUCAUUGUGCAUUGAAAACCAAUGUCGUUGUAUAGAAUAUUUUUAAAAUUAAUUUUACAUUACAUUGUUUGUGAUUAUUCCCAAAUUCCCAAUCUGACCCUCAAACCAUCAUGGUCGCCUAAUAAUCCCCAGUUUACAAUUGGCUCAUUCAUCCCCCUCCUCUCCCCUGUAACUAUUCCCCAGGUCGUUGCUGCAAAUGAGAACGUGUUCUCAGUCAACUUACCUGUAAACGGCAAUGUGAAGGAGGAAGCCAUCACAAGCAAGACGUCUCAACAGAUCGUAGAGUUAAUAACCAAACUGACCAACCAGUCUGGCCUGGAUAUCAUCCGUAUCCGCAAGCCCGUCCACACAGACAGCCCCAGCAUCCAGGGCCAAUGGCAUCCCUUCACCAACCGACCCCUGUCCAUUGGACCAAUCGGACCCCAGAAACAGCAGGCCAACUGAAGACUGUGAAACCUCAUAAUACUGGCAAUAUUUUUGUCUGUUAUCGUCACCCUCAUCAGUGGUAGAACGACUACAAGUCAGGUAUCCACUCUCCACAGAACUGUCCAUGGCAGGCAAGCCAUUGUGUUUCUGAAACACCUGAAUCACCAGAUAUGUUAUAGCAUAUCUGCCCUUUUUCGUUUGAACGAAUUUUGCAGUUAUCAGAGGCUUGUCAACUGGUAUCAGUGGCGUGCAUACAGAAUAGUUUGUGUGUCCAAACCAGUAUUUCAAACUGCUCACUGCAGCUGUGUUUUACGAAUAGAAUAAAGUGGUCAAUGUUUUAGACUCAGAA